UACAUAUGUUUUUGGAAGGGUAGAGAUAUGCGGGGAAGAGUAAUUCAGACAAGGUGCUCGACGGAAUUCCCGAACGAAUCUCAAAGCGAGAUUUUUCGACUUCUACUCUAAGGCCCACAUGCUACAGUAAAGAAACAAGUUUUAGCUCGUCGAGUCUCGCAGAGCUUGUACCGAGAAUCAUGGAAGCGAAGAAAGUGACAGAAGAGGAAGAAGAGACAUGGAGGAGAGAGAUAGUAACAAGCGUGAUGAGAAUAGUGAGCACGAGAUUGCCUCAGAGAGAUCUAAUUUCACUCCUUCUCGUUAGCCCUUGGCUCUAUCGCACCCUCGUCUCCUACCCUUCCAUCUGGCUGAACAUCGAUUUGCGCGAGAUGACCAAUGCAGGGGAUCGGCUUUUAGCUGCUAUGUCCUUGCCAAGAUAUCGUCAAGUGAAGCAUAUCAAUCUUGAAUUUGCCCAGGGUAUUGAGGAUAGUCAUCUUAAACUUGUGAAAAGCAGGUGCCUGGAUGCUCUUUUAAGUUUAGAAUGCUUAAAUCUGAAUGGGUGCCAAAAGAUAUCGGACAGCGGAGUCGAAGCUAUAACUAGCAUAUGCCCGAAACUAAAAGUUUUCUCUAUCUACUGGAACGUGAGGGUGACUGAUGCUGGCAUUAGACAUCUAGUGAAGAAUUGCAGACAUAUCAAUGAUUUGAACCUAAGUGGCUGCAAGAGCCUAACCGACAAAAGUAUGCAGCUAGUAGCUGAAAAUUAUCAAGGCUUAGAGUCACUGAAUAUCACUAGGUGUGUUAAGAUCUCAGAUGAUGGAUUACUACAAGUGCUACACAAGUGUUCCUCACUCCAGACCUUAAAUCUCUAUGCUCUUUCAGGCUUCACAGACAAAGCCUACCGGAAGAUAUCACUUUUGGCUGAUCUAAGGUUCUUAGACCUAUGUGGUGCUCAGAAUUUAUCUGAUGAGGGGCUUGCUGAUAUAGCUAAGUGCAGCAAGCUAGAGUCCCUCAACUUGACAUGGUGUGUGCGUAUCACAGAUGUAGGUGUGAUUACCAUUGCUAAUAGUUGUACCUCCCUCGAAUUUCUCAGCUUAUUUGGAAUAGUUGGGGUGACUGAUAGAUGUCUGGAGACCCUCUCGCAGACCUGCUCUGCUACACUCACCACUCUUGAUGUCAAUGGCUGCAUCGGCAUUAAGCGACGAAACCGUGAAAUAUUGCUUCAGAUGUUCCCUCGUCUGACAUGCUUCAAAGUACACAGCUAAUUUGCUCAUAACUCCAGGACUCUCAACAAAUCUAGCCCCUUACUAAAGGGACAUGACAAGUGGAAGGGAGACUCAUUGCACGAUUGGCUUCAACUUUGAACCCUAAACCAGGAUCAUCCCUGUCUUUGACAAGAGUACAAAGACAUCUCUUGGUCUGCCCUUU